AUGAUAUCUUAUAAUUUUAAAUUAAUUAUAUUUUCAAUCAUAUUAGGAACAUUAACCUUAAUUUAUAAUAAUAACUGUGAUGGAUUAUAUAAAAAUAUAAACUAUAAAAAUACCAUAUCGAUGCCAACAUAUUUGAGAUUAUUAGCAGAAUUAUCAUAUGGACUUACAAAAAAUCAUAAACAUGAAAAUAAUCAAUUAAGAGAAUACAAAAAUACCAAUGAAACAAAAUACAAGAAAAACAAAUAUCCAAAAGAUGAUACAAAGAGAAAACAAAAUAUACCACAGGUAACAGAAAAGGAAAACACUGAAACAUCAAAUUUAAAUAAAUAUAAAAAAGGAAAAUAUGAUAAGGAAAAUGAAAAACAAUCAAAUAUAUCUUCUCGUUCCCUUAAAUAUUUAGAAAUACAAAGAAAACUUUACAAUAAUUUUUAUGUAAAACCAGAAAUGUAUUUCGAACAUUUAUCAGAUAAAUCAAAUGCUAAAAAUGAUAAAUCUUGUGAAUGGACGAAUAAGAAGAAAUCAUCCGACAAAUUAUCUUCAUCAAAUAAAGUACAUGAUAAUUAUUUAGAUAAUUUAAAAACAGGUUGUGUUGGAGGUGCUUCUACGUGUGGGCUUUCGUCUAUAAUUACAGCAGGAUCUGGUAUUUAUGCUGCUACUGAAGCGGCAGGUGCAGCGAUCCCGGCAUUUACAGCACAAAUUAAAAGUGCCUUAGUUGGUGUAAAUUUCUUUUUUACAUCUUCGUUGGAAACUGCGAUUCAAGGUGCAGCUGUAUCUGGGGGAUUUACUCAUCUUCUUGAAGGAUUAGGUACUGUUGGAAGUCCUGCAAUUGCUGGUACAUCGACAUUUUUUCCUUAUGGUAUGGCAAUUGUUGCGCUAAUUGCUGUAACUAUUAUAGUGAUACUUUUGUAUAUAUGGUUACGAAAAAGAAGAAAAAAUUCAUGGAAACACGAAUGCAAGAAACAUUUAUACACAUAA